AUGAAAUGUCAACUUUUGAUCAUUUUUGCAGUUUUAAUUAAUUUUUCUAUAUUGGAAGAGCAUAAUUCGACAGACACGACACAAAUUGAAGGAUUUUUGCUGUGUAAAAGUUGCGGAGCCGAUAAUAGCAUAUUAAAUUUAAUUAUCAAUAAUCGAAUUAGUGAACAGGCUGUUAAUGUACAGAAUCUUACGGUCAGCAAUAAAUCUAUCAUUGUUCAGGAACUGACGAAUCCAUUAGGAGUCAGAUUUAAAGUUAUACUAACCAAAAAGGCAAACUGCUUCAAAAGUAAAGGCGGUUGGUAUUCUGGAGGAAGCUGGUUUAAUAAGUAUUCGUGGAAGCUCUGCCAGUGUCCUACGUGUAAAGCUCACGUUGGAUGGAUGUUUGAACUUACAGACUUAGUCUAUAGGAACGAUCCAUUCUUUCCCGGCGAAACAGGCUUUUACGGAAUUAUCCUCGACUCUGUUAUUUCUGAAUCAUACGCUGAUUCACUUUUGAUGUUAGAUAAACUUUUACAGAAUUAA